GACGUACAAAUAUGAUACAACACAAUACUAUGCAUGUUAAUUUAACAAACAAAUAAGUACUGCAUACUUUCAACACAUGAUAACAGCAGCAGAGGUGUUGGCAUAGCAGGGAUUGGAUUGAUUUUUAUUUCGGUUAAGUUAAAAAUUAAAAGAUUGUAAUAACAUUUUGGCAUAAAGUUGUCUUAACAAGAACCACGCCUGACAAAAAUGCAUGCCAAAGCGCCAAUGUGCUUGAAUUUCUUUAAUUUUUAUCCUGUUUCUACAUAAUUUCCCAUAAGCAUAGAACAUGUUAUACAUACAAAUCGUACGUUUUUUGUUUUUCGAAUUGCUACAUUUUUGGCGGCAAAAUGACGUCACAAACUUGCCGCUAAAAAAAUAACAGUUAGCUAUUGUUAAUUUGAUGCACUUAUUCGGUAGACGACAUUGAGAGAGUCUUAAAACUGAAGUCUGUUUCUAAAUACAACCAUUCCUUGCGAAGAUAUCAUGACUCAAAUUUCUAAAAAUCGGCCAUUUUCUUCUAUUUUUAGUAACAAAAUGGCCGAUUUUUCGACAUUUGUACCGCUAUAUCUUCGCGAGAAAAAAUUUCGAAAGACACUUUGCCGCAAGACAUAACAGUGUAUAUGCGUUUCAGAAAUAUAUCAGCCUAUCACCAAUUGAUAUACAAAUUAUCAUUUUGACUAAAACUAUUGCCGGAAAUAGCUGGGUGCAUAAUUUCCUGGCUUAAAGUUCUUAACAUUUUCUGAGGACAUACUAUCCCUCUCCCUUUCCAAGAUGGGUUGACAGCUUUCUCACCAACUUACGUCAUACUGUGCAAUUGUUCUGCGCCCCCCUCCCCUCCAGACUGACGCAUUUUUGAGAAAGACCCUGAUAAAGCGACAAAGAACCCGGCCCCCAAAAUGAGAAACGUUGAACUGGCAAUAUGAUAUCGUAUAUAAUGUUCCAUAAGGUGACUUAUUUUUCAGCCUUGUUUUCUUUUGCUACAGGCUGUAAUUGUUACCACAACGGUGAACAUAUUGCGGCAAAUCACUUUUGAAUCGCUGGUUGAGGACAAAAAUGUUAAACAUGAACAGCGAAAGAGUCUUCAAGCCAUCGACAACUUCAUUAUCUCACCGUCCACCAAGAUCAUUCUGCAAACCAAAAGACGAUUCUGGGAGGACAAAAAGUACAAUAUUCAAGGUGGCUUUUCCAAGACCAACCUCCCUAUCGGCCAAAUUCAUUACGUCAAGCCGGACCCGGAAUAUGUCGAGUCCACGAAGCAAGGAAUAAUUAUGGUUUUCACUUUGAAGAAUGACGCACUGAUGUUUGGUUUCUUGAAGAAAAAGCAAGUCGAACUGGAGGCAAUUGAACAAAUCGCAGAAUUCCACCCCGAAAUCAAGGAGGAACAUAUGAUUGAAAAACAUUUUGUUCGUGCUUGGUCCAACCAACCCUCUUAUCAAGGUGCCUAUGCCUUUUUGAAGGCCCGUCAGUUUAACACUGUCAGGUAGGAAUCAGAGCACAAUUUUAUGUUGCAAAAAUGCCGCGGUAUACUUCGAUAUCUUGUAAAACAAGACGAAUUCCUAAUGCUUGCCGGAUGUGUGAAAUGAAGUUGUUAAUCAAUUUAUUUCUAUAUUUCCAAUCUUAAAUGAUGGGAUGAAUUCCAAGCCGCACUCAACUUUUAUGCGAACUCAGUCGCUUUUUUUGUAGAGGUGCAAAGAUGAAACCGAUUGAAUUCGCCCAAAACAUUUACUGAAUACUAAAUUUUGCUUCCUCGCAGCUUACUAUUUCAAUCAAUUUUACUGUCCCGAUAUAUUAAAAGUCUCCAAAUGUGCUUCGAUAGCUCCGUUUCAUUCGCGUAUCUCCGAAGCUCGGACGAUUUCUUAUGGUUUAUGUACCUGUCUUUAAAUUCGCCAAAUGCUACUCGAAUGUACCGCUUAUAGUAUCACCGUUGUCGUGACUAUUUACUUCGGCUUGAUGAACGAUAGCCUUCAUGGGUCAAACAUUUUUCUGAUGGGGGCAUUCGUCUUUCUUGCGACAGUUACACCUGGUUUCUUUGGUUGCAGUCGGCUGUGUCGAUCUAAUUCUAGUGUUGUGGUUAGAAAUCGUGGUAUUAAUUCACAUUCUUCAUGCGGCUGUAACUAAUCUUGAUUGAAUUGCAGUUAAAGAUCUUAUAGACGGCUUGAUUUAGAAAAAUGUUUGUCGAUAAUUGGAGGAAAGUUUUGCCAAUGUUUGUUACUAAGUUUUUGCUGUAAGAUGGGUCAAACCAUAUUACUUUCCUGCAAAACGUUCAAUUUAUCACCCCGACCAGAGUGAAUGCAUUAUGUCGUAGCACAAUACAAUGAAUCACCAUCAAGUAAAUUUGGCGACUCCAACAAUGAGAGUUGUACCAGCUAACAGAAUCGCAAAUGAAACGUUUAUGAUUUAGCCCACCUUACAGCAAAAAUAUAGUAACAAAUAUUGGCAAAACUCUCCUCUAACUUAUUGACAAACAUUUUCCUCAAUUAAGCCGUCUACAUAAGAUCUUUAACCGCAAUUCAAUCAAGAUUAGCCUAAAUGCAGCUGCAUGAAGAAUGUCAUGGACCACAACGCGAAAAUUAAAUCGACCCAACCCAUCGCAACCAAAGAAACCAACUGUAACUGUUGCAACAAAGACGAAUGCCCACUCCAGAAAUAAUAAUCCAGGCUAUCGUUUAUAUCAAGGCAAAGUAAAUAGUCACGACAACGGUGACACUGAGUGGUACAUUGGAGUAACAGCUGGUAAAUUUAAAUUAAAGACAGGUAUACAGAAACCAUAAGAAAUUGUUCGAACUUCAGUGAUACGCGAAUGAAACGGAGCUAUCGAAGCAUAUUUGGAGAUUAAAGAGAAGCGGAAGACCUUAUAACAUCACUUGGUCCAUUCUUGGACGCAAGGCUGUCUCGUACGCAAGUGGAAGACGAAGAUGCAACAUAUGCUUAUACAAGAGAAGCUGCAAAUACUAAAAAUGUCGCGUCGACAUCUGCUGCACAAAAGAUCAGAAAUCUUGUCGAAGUGCGUGCACCAAAAGCCAUUUUUAGGGAAAUGUUGUCUGCGCGUGGGAAGGCAACACCAACAAUUUUCGCGCGCGCGUACGUUCAUGCCAUCAAACAAGGAAAAACCAACGGUAUUUGAGAAAAAUGUCGGAAAGGAGAAAAUGUUCUCGAGUAAGAUUAUAGAAAUAAUAGAUAUAGAAUGCGUACUCCUAUCUUUUCUCAGUAAAAAAAUUAUCUCCACAAAAUGGCGGAUUAAUUAUUUAUAAGGGCAUUUUGGUUGGUCCCAUGCAGACCCCUGAGCCAAGGAAUUUCGCGCGGUUGCAAGGAGUGCGAAUUGCUUUUUCAACUGCAAAGUUUGCAAAAAAAAUUUUAUCGAGACUUAAGAUGAGGAAAAAAGGCUUUGUAAAGGGGAAAAAGUGUCUAAAAACCCAUUCCAGUCGGCUUUUUCACGAUAAGCAAUAGUUCUGUACAGAAUAUAUACAGAAAUCGUCGUUUAAUUAAAAAUAAAUUUUCAACGUUGUUGUGCAAUUCAAAACAAAACACGAAAGAUCAAGACAAACUCAAACUCGAUCAAUAGGUAGGCCCUAUGUUCUACAAAUAUUUCAACUCUUUCAUAAUAUAAAUGGAGUUCAAUAAUCUUUUUAAAUUUACACAAUUACUUUUCAUAUUUUUCUACGUUGCUUGAGCUUGAGGCAACAACGCUUUUGAAACCAUAGUUUUCGACGAUUAUUUGGGAAAUUUACAGUGUAUCGACAACUAAACAUUUUUGUUUCAAGAACAUGAAAACACUUCGUUUACAUUGAAGAAAAACGAAACCCGAGGAAGAAAGAAUUAUUAUUUUGUAAUCUUAUAAGAUAUUAGCAAAGUAGUGACAAUAUAGUGACGUUCAGAGCAUGCAAAAAUGUUUUAUGAGUAAAUUAUAUUUACGCGAAACUACUUUGUUAUAAGCUGCACGAUUUUCACCCUUUUUGUAACUGCACAUUUGCUUUGUGCCUUCAAAGAACCUAAUAUUUCAAAAUCUAUGCCUAAACUAUAAAUUAGACAACAAGGCAAGACGUUUUGCUGUGUUCAUACUUUGCACUCCUAGUCAAAUUCAGUAUGGCGGAUUUAUAAUUGGGCACGCAUGAAAAAAAGUGGAGACAUGAUCCGUGAUCAAGUACGCAUUCUAUAUCUAUUAUUUCUAUGAGUGAGAUAUAUCAUAAUUUCCAGAUAGCGCGCAAGUAAAAAACUCUGCCGGCCGCUGCUGGGUUUCGAACCCGUGACCUUCGAAUUACUAUAUAGAUCGAUGCUCAACCAACUGAGCUACAUAGUCAGGACGGAUUGAAGACUGACUUAUUGACUCAAUUUGUUCAAUCCGGACAAUCUUCGCGUUAUUUUUAAUUUCAAUUCGGACCACUCGCUCGGUCAAUAACAUAUAAUAUAUGUAUCUUUUAUUUAUCUAUAUUAAUUUUUAUUUUUUCGUAAUUUAGAACUUUGCGGGAACCCAUGGGUAACGUACAUUUCGCUGGAGACGCCUUAUCAAUUGCCGCUGGUUGGAUUCAAGGCGCCUUGGAGAGUGGGCUGAAAGCCGCCUAUCAAGUCUAUGCCCGUGGCAAGAAGAGAACAACCGGAGAAGAGAAAUAA